AAUCACCUCUGGGUUUUUUAUUUUUUGCUAAACAAUCCAAAAACCACCGAAAAUUCUGAAAAAAAAAAGGUUUUUCUUAGUUUUUGUUAUAAAAUUUUGUAAAUAAGUGAUUUUUUUUUCUUCACUGAUGUGCGCUAAUGAGGCUGCAGUGAUGGGCACUGAUGAGGAGGCACUAAUGGGCACUGACAUGUGGCAUUGAUGUGCACUGGUAGGCACUGAUAUGUGGCAUUGAUGAGCACUGACAG